UCGCAUCUUUUGUCUGAAAAAGCGGCGACACUCAGGAGAUAAAUAGUUGCGGUCAAGCGCCCUCCUUCUUUUCGACCAGUUAUUCGAAAAAUUCUCUGCAAUAGUAUCAUAUUUUCGGUGAAUUCCAGCUGGAUAGCUAUUCAAGAUGCCAUCAGACAUAGAGGAAGAAGCUUAUGGAGACGAAGAGGAGCAAGAUGCAGAGGAAGAGGGUGAAGGUGAAGAAGAACAGGGCGACUCCAAUGAGGAGGAACAAGAUGAAGAGUGGGGAGGUGGGAAAAGAAAACGGAAGAAAAGCAAGAAAAGGAAAUCCUCGCGAGGUGACCGGGGAAGAAAAAAACGCAGAAAGAAGGAUGAAAGCGAGAGUGAAGGAGAAUUUGAAGAGGAAGGUGCUAGAGUUGAUUCAGAUUACCAGGAGGACACACCUAAGGGAAGAGGGCGAGGGAAGGGUCGGGGUCGACCAACUCCAACUCCAACUCCUGCCCAGGAGUCGGGUGGAGGUGAUCAGAUGCCUACUGUUGCAGAAGUUUGUGAAAGCUUUGGUCUCAAUGAUGUUGAUUUAGAAUAUUCAGAACAAGACUAUCAAACAUUUACAACAUACAAGUUAUUUCAGCAACAUGUUAGACCUCUCCUUGCUAAAGAAAAUCCUAGGGUACCUGUCUCUAAAUUGAUGAUGUUAGUGGCUGCUAAAUGGCGGGAGUUCACAGCUCGUAGUCAAGAGGAUGAGGAAGAAGAGGAAUUAGUGGAGGAAGAAGAACAGGAUCCUGAACCAGAACCUGAGCCAGAGCCUAUCCAAUCUACUCCAAAGGGACGAGGACGACCCAGAAAAGCUAAGAAUGAGGAGGAUGCCAUGGAAGAAUAUGAUGAUGAUGAUGACAGUUCCAGCAAAAAGAAGCGUGGAAGGAAGAGGACGACCACAACAGAAAGCAAAAGCAAAAAAGGUAGCAAAGUACCUACUCUGAAAAUAAAGAUUGGCAAGAGGAAGAAGGACACUUCGGUGAGUCUGGAGGAUGACUCCAGCCAAGACAGUGAUGCAGAAUUUGAACAAAUGUUAGCUGAGGCUGAAGAUAUGAACAAAGCAGAAGAUGAGGCUGAAUUGACUACCACAACAUCAAAGAAAAAGGCCAAAACAAAAAUUGGCAAUAAAAGCAAGAAAAAGAAGCGGAUGAAGGCUAAGGAUGAAGAUGGAUAUGAAACUGACCAUCAGUCUACCCCAAAUCAGGAUUACUGUGAAGUCUGUCAGCAAGGAGGAGAAAUUAUCCUCUGUGAUACUUGCCCCAAAGCAUAUCAUUUGGUAUGCCUUGAACCAGAACUGGAGGAAGCACCAGAAGGGAAGUGGUCUUGCCCCAACUGUGAGGCAGAGGGAGUCAAAGAUGAAGAUGAACAUAUGGAGUACUGUAAAGUGUGCAAGGAUGGCGGUGAAUUGUUGUGCUGUGACUCUUGCGUGAAUGCUUAUCAUACCUACUGCUUAUCACCUCCACUCUUUGAGGUCCCUGAAGGAGACUGGACUUGUCAGCGUUGUGCGUGUGAACCCCUACCAGGAAGGGUUCAAAAAAUCCUGUUUUGGAGGUAUGUUGAUCCUCCAAAACCUCCAGAGGGAUGGAAAGAAAAAGUUGGUGAAAAGGCUGAAAAGUACUCAUUCAAACCAAUGAGGGAAUUCCUUGUAAAGUGGGUUGACAUGUCUUAUUGGCAUUGUUCAUGGAUAUCAGAACUCAUGUUAGAUGUCUACCACCCACAGAUGUUGAGGUCUUAUUUCAAGAAAUUUGAUCCGGAUGAGCCACCUAUUCCUGGCAUUGAUGAUGAUGAUGAAUUAGGGUCACAGAGGCGCCAUAAGAAGGAGUAUGAUCCUAAUUCCUUGGAAGAGAGGUACUAUAAGUAUGGUAUAAAGAGUACUUGGCUCAAGAUUCACCGUGUGUUAAAUCAUCGGACUUUGAGAGAUGGCACCAUACAAUAUUUAGUGAAGUGGCGUGACUUACCCUAUGACCAAGCUACUUGGGAAGAUGAAGAUGAAGAUAUAAUUGGUUUGAAGACCGCCGUUGAAUUUUAUCAUGAUCUGCGAGCGGCUUGCAAUGCUGAUAGUUUAGUGAGUAAGAAUAAGAAGGGCAAGAAAAAAGUUAAACCAAGAGCCAAGGAGUUGGGAGAUGAAGAUCGUGAGCCUGCUUCACCUCGACGCUACACACCACCUCCAGAGAAACCCAUGACUAAUUUGAACAAGAAGUGGGAUAAACAGCCGGACUAUAUUGAUAUAACAGGACUAUCUCUUCACGAGUACCAGCUUGAAGGUGUUAAUUGGCUCAGGUAUUCAUGGGGUCAAGGAACAGACACAAUUCUUGCUGAUGAGAUGGGUUUGGGAAAGACCAUCCAGACCAUUGUAUUUUUGUAUUCAUUGUAUAAGGAAGGACACUCUAAAGGACCUUUCCUUGUUGCAGUACCCCUUUCCACCAUCAUUAAUUGGGAGCGUGAAUUUGAAAUGUGGGCUCCAGAUUUUUAUGUGGUCACAUAUGUAGGUGACAGAGAUUCUCGAACAAUGAUUCGUGAGCAUGAGUUGUCAUUUGAGGAAGGUGCUGUUCGAAGUGCUUCCAAGGCAACGAGGAUUCGUACCACAAAUGUUAAAUUCAACGUCCUCUUGACUUCAUAUGAAAUGAUCUCUAUGGAUCAAGCCUGUUUGGGCUCAUUAGAGUGGGCCUGUCUGGUUGUAGAUGAAGCUCAUAGAUUGAAGAGUAACCAGUCCAAGUUCUUCAGAGUGUUGAGUCAGUACAAUAUUCAGUAUCGCCUGCUGUUAACAGGUACACCAUUACAAAAUAACUUGGAAGAACUUUUCCAUUUACUGAACUUCUUAGCUCCAGACAAAUUCAACGAUCUUUCAGCCUUCCAAAAUGAGUUUGAGGAUAUUGCCAAAGAAGACCAGAUUAAGAAAUUGCAUGAUCUUCUUGGACCACACAUGCUUAGGAGAUUAAAAGCUGAUGUGCUCUUGAACAUGCCUACAAAAUCUGAAUUCAUUAUUCGUGUGGAGUUGUCACCCUUACAGAAGAAAUAUUACAAGUACAUUCUCACUAGAAACUUUGAAGCUUUGAAUUCCCGUGGAGGUGGACAGCAGGUAUCACUGUUGAACAUUGUGAUGGAUCUCAAAAAGUGCUGUAAUCACCCAUACCUAUUCCCAGCAGCCUCUGAAGAGGCCCCAAAACUUGCAAAUGGCAUGUAUGCAACCAGAGAUCUAGUGAAAGCUAGUGGAAAAUUCAUUUUGCUAGAAAGUAUGUUGGACAAACUGAAGCGAGAUGGUCACAGGGUUUUAAUCUUCUCGCAAAUGACCAAGAUGUUGGAUGUGUUAGAGGAUUUCUUGGAGGGUUUGGGAUAUAAAUAUGAACGAAUUGAUGGUGGUAUUACUGGACAACUUCGUCAAGAAGCUAUUGACAGAUUCAAUGCUCCAGGAGCUCAGCAAUUUGUGUUUCUGCUGUCAACUCGUGCUGGAGGUUUGGGUAUUAACUUGGCCACUGCAGACACUGUUAUUAUUUAUGAUUCUGACUGGAAUCCCCACAAUGAUAUUCAAGCUUUCUCCAGGGCUCAUCGUAUUGGACAAGCUAAUAAAGUUAUGAUCUAUCGUUUUGUGACACGUAACUCUGUUGAAGAGCGUGUAACACAGGUUGCAAAGCGAAAAAUGAUGUUGACUCAUUUAGUUGUGCGACCUGGGAUGGGAUCCAAGGCAACUAAUUUUUCUAAGCAAGAAUUGGAUGACAUUUUAAGGUUUGGAACAGAGGAGCUUUUUAAAGAUGAAGAAGGUAAAGAAGAUGAGGCCAUUCACUAUGACAACAGGGCCAUUGAGGAACUUUUAGAUCGUAGCAAAGAAGGCAUUGAACAGAAGGAGAACUGGGCUAAUGAGUACCUGAGCUCAUUUAAGGUGGCGUCAUAUGUCACCAAGGAAGGUGAAGAGGAAGAGAUGGAGGAUGUUGAAGUUUUGAAACAGGAAGCUGAUAACACUGACUCCUUAUAUUGGGAACGUUUGCUACGCCAUCAUUUUGAACAGCAGCAGGAAGACCUCGCCCGAUCUCUUGGCAAAGGCAAAAGAGUUCGAAAGCAAGUAAGGAAAUUUUGUGUCAACUACAACGAUGCAGCUGAUGGACGGGAAGAUCUCACUUGGCAAGAACAAGGCUCUGACUAUAAUUCUGACUUCUCCAUGCCUUCAGACAAUGAUGAUGAUGGUGAAUUUGAUGAAAAGAAUGAAAGUGAAAGCCGACGUUCACGGCGCAGAGGCGAUCGCAAUGACCGUGAUAGACCGUUGCCACCGUUGCUUGCUAGAGUUGGUGGAAACAUUGAGGUUCUUGGUUUUAAUGCUAGACAGCGCAAGUCAUUCCUGAAUGCAGUCAUGCGUUAUGGCAUGCCACCUCAAGAAGCCUUCAAUUCCCAGUGGCUUGUCCGAGACCUGAGGGGUAAGAGCGAAAAGUGUUUCAGAGCCUAUACUAGCCUGUUCAUGCGGCAUUUGUGUGAACCUGGUAAUGAUAGUGCUGAAACAUUUGCUGAUGGUGUGCCCAGAGAAGGUUUAAGUCGUCAGCAUGUGCUUACAAGAAUUGGUGUGAUGUCAUUAAUACGCAAGAAGGUUUCAGAAUUUGAAAAUAUAAAUGGCCACUACUCUCUACCAGAGGCACUUAAUAAACCUAUUGAGCCUGUUGACAAAAGUAAUGGAACUUCUGCAUCUGGCACUCCAGCAACCAGUGUUACUCCAUCACCUGCUCCUUCUGUAAAGGGUGAUGUAGAAGAAAAAGAAGAGGAAAAGAAGGAAGAUAAAGAAAAGACAGAGGAGAAAGAAGAGAAAGAAGAAACAAAGCCUGAAGAGGAGAAGGCAGAAGUGAAAGAGGAGAAACCAACUGAAGAAGAAAAGAAAGAAACAGAAACAGAAGAACAGAAGAAGGAGAAUGGAGAGGUUGAAGAGAAGAAGGAACCUAUGGAACCACCCAAAACUGAAACCACCGAAGAGAAAAAGAAAGAGGAUACUGAAAAAACUGAAAAACCUGAAGUUGUUGAAGAGACUCCUAAAGAAGAAACAAAAGAAAAGGAGAAGGAAAAUGAAGCUGAAGAUAAAACUGAAAAGAAAGAGAAGGAAGAGAAGGCUGAAGUAAAAGAGGAGCCUGAGAUAAAAGAAAUAAAAGAAAAUGAAGAAAAAACUGAAGAGAAAGAGGGUGAGGCAAAGGCUGUGAAAUCAGAGAAAAAGGAAGAUGAAAAAGAAUCAGAGAAAAGUGAAGGAAAGGAGAAGGAAGAAAAAGAGGGCGAGAAGGAGGAGGAAAAAAAGGAGGGUGAAAAGAAAAAAGAGAUAGAGCCAGUUAGCAAAAGGAAGUUCAUGUUCAACAUUGCAGAUGGCGGCUUCACAGAACUGCACACCCUGUGGCAAAAUGAAGAAAAAGCUGCAGUUCCCGGACGGGAAUCGGAAAUUUGGCAUCGCAGGCAUGACUACUGGUUAUUGGCUGGUAUUGUUACUCAUGGAUAUGGUCGAUGGCAAGAUAUCCAGAACGAUAUCAGAUUUGCAAUAAUUAAUGAACCAUUUAAAAUGGAUGUGGGCAAAGGAAACUUUUUAGAAAUUAAAAAUAAGUUUUUGGCAAGGAGAUUUAAGUUAUUAGAACAGGCUUUGGUUAUUGAGGAGCAGCUGAGAAGGGCAGCCUUUCUUAAUUUGCAACAAGAUCCACAUCAUCCUGCAUGUACUCUUAAUGCAAGAUUUGCUGAGGUUGAAUGUCUUGCGGAAUCUCAUCAACACCUCAGCAAGGAAUCGCUUGCUGGCAACAAACCAGCCAAUGCUGUUCUAAAUAAGGUGCUAAAUCAGCUGGAAGAGUUGCUGUCAGACAUGAAGUCAGACGUAACCAGGUUACCUGCCUCACUGGCUCGAAUUCCACCUGUAGCACAAAGGCUGCAGAUGUCAGAACGUUCCAUCCUCUCCCGCUUGGCAUCAGGUGCUGGUAAUGUGGACAAGAGUGCUCAAGGGCCAGGUCAAAUCUCUACAACAUUCCCUGGAGGCUACACACCAACAGGCCAGCUCCCAGCAUUGGGCAACACAAACUUUGCCAACUUCCGGCCCCAGUAUUCCUUGCCAGGUGCCACCAGCGGACCAGGUGCACCGCCAGCUGUGCAGGUUAACCUCCAGAAUUUAGGGGCCAACCUACAUUUGCUUGCCGCCACCAACCCCCUCCUGGAUUCCUCCAUCAACCUCCCUCCACAACAACCACCUACCUCCCACACAGGCACCAUUUCAGCAGCUACAAGAGCCUCUCUGCUCCUUCAUCAGCAUCAUCAGCAGCAGCAACUUCAGCAACAACAACAACAACAAGAUCCAAAAAAUUUGAUUUAUCUAGAUUAAGAUUUUUGUUUUAUUUUUUUAUGUAUCAGACAUUUUUGUCAUUCCGUGAAUGUGGUCUAUGUACUAAUGAAGUAUAUGGUAUUUAUUAUCUUCUAAAAAAAGAUUUUCCCAAAGAUUGAUUUAGUUUUAUGUGAUAUGGUAAUAAAGUUUACCUACAAAAA